AACGAGAGCAUCAGUUCACUGGCACUGAGGAGGAGACGCAGACGAGACAGACGAAAAAUAACAAGAGAGUGAAUGACAGCAAGAGGAAAAUCCAGACGACAAGAGGAGGUUUUUAUAGUAAAAGAGCAAACUUUGCAAGAGAAAUGGCCAUCGCAGCAGGAGGAGUGUUUUUGGCUUUACUGUUGUUCCUGAGUGCCGGUGUGCCAUGUUCCUCUGUGUAUAACAGUGGAGAGUGCUUCUUCAAUACCAAAGGGAGCUGUGAACACAUGGGGCAGAUGUACGGGAUAGGAGAGAGCUGGAUAACCAGUGACUGUUACCAGUGUGUCUGCAUGGAGCCUUUUGGAGUAGGAUGCUGUGACCACGGACCUCAACCUGUGGACUAUCCAGACUGGUGUGAGGUCAUCCGUAAACCUGACUCAUGUAUGAGUGUUGCCGUGAUGAGAGUCAAUCACAAACUACCCUGCCUCUGGGGAAGAGGACGUCUCAGGCCAGAUGCACGCAAACCGUGGAAUUCUGACAAUGAUCCUUUAUUUUGAGUUUAAGCAAUUAAAUUACAUUUAAAAAACAAGGAUUUAGCAAUGUGUGAAGUGUAUUUCAGAUUUGUACAUUAUCAAAAAGUUUGUGAGGGACUAAACUGUACUGAAUGGUAUAACCAAAUCUGCAAAUAACUCCCACGGAUGAUCUGUUAACUCUGCAUAAUUACACACUUUAGACUUGUGUUGUGGAUGUAUUUUGUUGUUGACUCAGUCUGAAUGUCUUGAUUAUUUUUGGUUCAUAUUUUAAAAUUAAAUUAAAAUGUAUGUCCAAUUUC